CCGGUGUCUUCGAUUACUGCUCCACAGCAGUCUCACAGACAUACACACACUUCCUCACCAGUCCAGCCUCCAGAGGAAUAAUCCUCUGUCUUUCAUGGAUAACCAUGUCUGAAGAGGAAUGGAAGGUCGCGGAUGAACUUUUUAAAGAUGUCAAAUUCUACUUGGUUGGGGACAUUGACCAGAAGGUUGUGCAGCUGCUGAAAGCUGGAAAAGGGAAGGAGGUGUCUUACAAUGCUCUGGCCACUCACAUCAUCGCAGAGGAUGGAGACAACCCCGAGGUGGGCGAGUCCAGAGAGGUUUUUGACCUGCCUGUUGUCAAGCCAUCCUGGGUGAUCCUCUCGGUUCGAUGUGGAGACCUCCUGCCAGUUACUGGAUUCUCUCCAGAAUCAGGACAGAUAUUCUUUGGUGUGACGGCUUGUCUGCCCAGACUUCCAGACGACCUCAACGCUCUGUGGGCUUACGUGACCUUUUAUGGUGGAGAAUGUCAGCUGAACCUCAACAAGAAGGCCACACAUUUAGUGGUGAAGGAACCAAAAGGGGCGAAGUUUGAGUGUGCCCUGAAGCAUCCUGGGAUCAAAAUUGUGACUCCAGACUGGAUAACGGACUCUGUGAAAGAUAAAAGCAGGAAGGAUGAGAGUCUUUAUCACCCCAGACUCACAUAUGUGGAGCCUGAGGAAGAGGAUGAGAGUGAAGCAGAGUUCUACUCUCACUCAGAUGGAAGCUACAGUCCACAGCGGUCCUGCCAGUCCAGCGCCAGCUCAUCCGGCGAGGAGUCCAGUCCUCGCAGACGACCGGGACCUAAAAGGCUGAACUCCGUGUCGCCGACAUCUCCCCGGAAGCCCGAACGCCGCAGCGAGCGAAUGUUUGAUGACUCUGAUGACGACUCCUCCACAGAGAAGGAAGGCACCAACCUGAACUGGACCCCGGCUGAAAUGGUCACGCCCACUGCCCCCGUUUCAACGGCCCGGCGACGUGGUGGCCCCCCUGGCAGCAAAGAUCUGGUCUCCUCUGCAGGCAGUGGGCUGAUCAAUCUGUGUGCCACAGUUCCUCCUGCUCCUGGAGGUGGACCCAUGUCUGCAGAACCUCGCUCAACUGCUGCAAUCAGUCACCCCAGCCAGCCGGGUGUUUCAGGUCCGGACAGCAUCCCUGGAUGGAGCCCUGCCAUCAGAACCCUCCGUAACAUCACCAACAACUCUGACAUGCAGCCGGUUGGUCGGCCCGCCAACGUCGCCCAUAUAAUCCAGAACCUAACCCCCAAUCAGACGAAGCCCCUGGAGCAGCAGACCAAUCGGAUCCACGGUCAGACGCCCGGCAGCACCAACCCUCCUCUGUUUAACCAGUCCAAACUGGCCGGCCAGCCCCUUACAGCAGAGCAGCAGCAACAGUUACUGCAACAGUCACACCAGGCUGCCCAGCAGCAUCAGCAGUUACCACAGCAACAGCAGCAUCCCAUGAUGCAUCUGCAGCAGCAGCAGCAUCAGAUGAUGCAGCUGCAGCAGCAGUCCCAGGCUGGACAGCAACAAGGUUUCUCCCAGCUUCCCCAGCAGCAGCAACAGCAGCAGCAGCAGCAGUUUCUACAGCAGCAGCAGCAGCAGAUGCACCAACAGCAGAUGUUUUCCCAGCAGCAGCAGCAGCAGCAGCAGCAGCAGCAGCUGGCAUUCCCCCAGCAGCAGCAGCACCUGCGGCCCCAGCAGCUCCUACGACCCAAUCUGCAGCAGCUGCAGCAGCAGCAGGCCCUCCAGCAGCAGCUGCAGCAGUUUCAGCAGCAGCAGCAGCACAUGCAGAUGUUACAGCAGCAGAACCAGCAGCAGCUGCACCAACAGCAUCUACAGCAGCAGCAGCAGCAGCACUUCCUGCAGCAGCAGCAGCACAUGCAGCAGCUGCAGAAGCAGCAGAUGCAGAACCAGCAGCAGCAGGUUCUGCAACAUCAGAACCAGCAGGUCCUCCAGCAGCAGACCACCACGCUGCAGCCUCAGCUCCAGCAGCCUCCACACGUCUCCCAGCUGUUUGGACAUGAACCAGGACAGGACAUUCCACAGGACGGCUUUCUUCUGGGCUGCGUGUUUGCUGUCGCUGACUACCCCGAACAAAUGGCCGACAAGCAGCUGCUGGCCACGUGGAAGAGGGUGAUCCAGGCGUGUGGCGGUGUUGUUGACCCCACCCUAAGCAGCCGCUGCACCCACCUUCUGUGUGAGAGUCAAGUCAGCAACAUGUAUGUGCAGGCCCUCAGAGAGGGGAAGCGCUGUGUGACCGCCCACUGGCUCAACACUGUCCUGAAGAGGAAGAGGAUGCUGCCUCCUCAUCGGACACUACAUCUGCCCUUUGCUUUCCCUCCGGGAGCCAAACCCUGUUCUCAGCAUAUCGUAUCGGUGACGGGCUUCGUGGACUCGGACAGAGACGACCUGAAGCUGAUGGCGUACCUGGCCGGUGCCAGAUACACCGGAUACCUGUGUCGCAGUAACACUGUCCUCAUCUGUAAAGAACCCAGUGGGCUGAAGUAUGAGAAGGCCAAGGAGUGGAAGAUCCCGUGUGUGAACGCCCAGUGGCUCUGUGACAUCCUGCUGGGAAACUUUGAAGCUCUGCGACAGAUCCAGCACAGCAGAUACUCCAUCUACACUCACCCCGAACCACUGCUGCCCAACCCACAGCUGGUCCAGAACCUCCUGGCUGCCUGGAGGACUCCGGUGAAAGUUUCUCCUGAAGCUGUGGCGAACCUCCAGCUGCUCCAGAAGCAGAAGCUUCCUGAUUCCACCAACUCGCCUGCAAACAAGAAGGCCCGGAUGGAGGAGAUUCAGUCUCCCAGUAAAAAGCUUCCUCCAGAGUCCACUCCUCGAGUCAUGUUCACAGGCUUCGAGCCCAUGCAGGUUCAGCAGUACACUAAGAGGUUACUGGCUCUGGGUGGAGAGGUGGCAGACAGCAGUCAGAAAGCCACCCACCUGCUGGCCACAAAGGUGACUCGCACUGUCAAGUUCCUGACGGCCAUGUCUGUGGUGAAGCACAUCGUCAGCCCCGAGUGGCUGGAAGAGAGCUGGAGGAGCCAGAAGUUUGUGGACGAGCAGAGGUACACGCUGAGGGAUGCUGAAGCGGAGGUGUUGUUCAGCUUCAGCCUGGAGGAGUCCCUGAAGAGAGCCCACACUGCACCACUGUUCAAGGGGAAGUACUUCUACCUGACUCCAGGUAUGUGCCCCAGCCUCAGCACCAUGAAGGCUAUCCUGGAGAGCGCUGGAGGGAAGCUGCUGGCCAAGCAGCCGUCCUACCGGAAGAUCAUGGAGCACAAGCAGAACAAGAACCUUCCAGAGAUCAUUUUAAUUUCCUGUGACAAUGACCUCCACCUCUGUAGAGAAUACUUCCUGAAAAACAUUGACGUCCACAAUGCUGAGUUCAUCCUGACCGGAAUCCUGACCCAGAAACUGGACUACGACUCAUACAGGUUCACCUGAAGAAGAAGAUGAAGACGAGCUGUGCAGCCCACCCACAAACAUUUCUGUUUUCAGUCAUUUUGUAGUUUUGUUACCUGGUGCAGAAGAAAAUAAAGUGAUGUUAUUUUUGUGAAACGAUUUGAUUAAAAUUAUGGAAGAUAAAAGUUUUCAUUGUUGAAAUAAAAGGUGUAAAGAUUUGA